UUUCUUACGGUAGAGAUCCACUCACAUCAAUACUCUCACUUCACUAAACGUGACCUUUCUGCUCAGUUUAGACUUCUGUUCUAUCCAAUUCCCUCCUCUGCAUGGUAUGAAACCACCUUCAAAAAAACAUCUUCCCAUAAGGCUUGCCUUUCUUAGCUCUGCUUCUGAAGGAUGAAAAGAAACAGCUUUAAAUCUUCUCGUUCUUCUUUUCUACGAAGCAAUUCCCCAAUUAAUCUCAAGCUUCAACAGCCUUUUCUCUGCCACCAAGAUUUUUGAUACUCUCCAGCUCUACCUCCACGCUCUUAUUCAGGCUUCAUGGAACCUUUCUAGCUGCACAAUAGCUGGUGUCUUUCCAUUCAAUAUGUUCUGUCAGGUACCAAGUCCCAAAGUAUCUGGAUCUUCUUUCUGAAAUGUGCACCAAUCGCUGUCCUCCCCCCACCCCAGACACACGUCUCAUAGGCACACACACUGUACCCAUGCGUCAGUCUACCUCCGACAUCCAAGUUCCUUACACCACUCCUAAUGAACACGAUUUUAAGAAUGGUAUCUCCCAACCACUGUUUUUAGCCCAGUUUUUUUCCUCGAGAACACAACCUUGUUCAUAGUACCUCCCUCUUUCCUCACUUCCCCAUCCAUUCCCUUCUUCAUGCUUCCCCCACUCUGCCAACUAACCACAGAGGACAUUAUUUCUCAGUACUCCCAACCUGCGAAUGAAGAACAAGCUCCCGCUUCCAGCGGUCUACUCACCUCCGGUCUGCCCUCAGGGGCCCCCCACCAGGUGUGCCGACUUCCACACAGUCCUCUCCCUCAUCGUUCCAGCCAAUGCCACCCCACACCACGUUUCCCCCGCCGCCGAUCAGACUCCUCCACACCCACCUCCACUCUGGGUGGCCGCCGCCUCCCCGGGCGCCUCUUCCCACCUCUCGCAGGGCAGCCGGAGAGUGCCGGCGCGCACACUCGCAUUCUCACGCUUCCCAACCUCCGGGCUCGCAGCGGGACCUGCCGGCUGCCGGGGAGCUCAGCCGAGCCGGCGGGUGCUAGGCACCCAUGCAGGCGAGUGCGUGACCACCCUGCCCCGCCGAUCCCCUCGCAGCCCCUCUGCCUUCCUGCCCACGAAGGAGAGGACACAGCAACUCCCCCACCGCUCCGGACACAGCACCUCUAGGUUUGGGAGUGAAACGCAGGAGUAAAGAACGGGAUCGAUGACAGGGUAUAUGAAAAAUUGCUGGAGGAGUCACUUUAGUGGCUUGAAGGAAUUAUUUGACGUUCUACGAGUUUGAUGUUAGGGUACUAUCCAAGAUACCAUGGAUACCAUAGUGACAGACUGAGACCCUGUCUUGGAAGAACUCUCCUUCCGUAGAGACAAUAGAGUAGGAGAAAUUAUUAGGAUGCAAAAUGAUGAGGCAGUAAAUGAGACAAGGUCUUGCUAAGUUGCCCACGCUGGGCUUGAACUUGUGAUCUUCUUGCCUUGACUUCCCACGAUACUAGAAAUGCAAACUUGUUCCAUCAUGCCUAGCCAAGAACUUGAUGAGAAACUACUAUUAACAUUCCUACCGCAUAGGGCAAGAGCCUGGUAACCUGGUAAUUAAUGCAUGACAUAUCGAGACACAAAAAGAGAGGCAACCCCUGGACCACUGCGAGGGACUCACCCGCACCAUGACCGAGACCACUAAGACCCACGUUAUCUUGCUGGCCUGCGGCAGCUUCAAUCCCAUCACCAAAGGGCACAUUCAGAUGUUCGAAAGAGCCAGGGACUAUCUGCACAAGACCGGAAGGUUCAUUGUGAUUGGCGGGAUUGUCUCCCCUGUCCACGACUCCUAUGGAAAACAGGGCCUCGUGUCCAGUCGGCACCGUCUCAUCAUGUGUCAGCUGGCCGUGCAGAACUCCGACUGGAUCAGGGUGGACCCAUGGGAGUGCUACCAGGACACCUGGCAGACGACUUGCAGUGUGCUGGAACACCACCGGGACCUCAUGAAGAGGGUGACCGGCUGCAUCCUCUCCAACGUGAACACGCCUUCUAUGACACCUGUGAUCGGACAGCCACAGCACGAGACCCCCCAGCCCAUCUACCAGAACAGCAAUGUGUCCACCAAGCCCACUGCAGCCAAGAUCUUGGGGAAAGUGGGAGAAAGCCUCAGCCGGAUCUGCUGCGUGCGCCCGCCGGUGGAGCGCUUCACCUUUGUAGAUGAAAAUGCCAACCUGGGCACCGUGAUGCGGUACGAGGAGAUCGAGCUGCGGAUCUUGCUGCUGUGCGGCAGUGACCUGCUGGAGUCCUUCUGCAUCCCAGGGCUCUGGAAUGAGGCAGAUAUGGAGGUGAUCGUUGGGGACUUUGGGAUUGUGGUGGUGCCCCGGGAUGCAGCUGACACAGACAGAAUCAUGAAUCACUCCUCAAUACUCCGCAAAUACAAAAACAACAUCAUGGUGGUGAAGGAUGACAUCAACCAUCCCAUGUCUGUUGUCAGUUCAACCAAGAGCAGGCUGGCCCUGCAGCAUGGGGAUGGCCACGUCGUGGAUUACCUGUCCCAACCAGUCAUUGACUACAUCCUCAAGAGCCAGCUGUACAUCAACGCCUCUGGCUAGCAGCCGCUCAGCUCUCUGCUCCACUCUCCCCUCGUCCUCUGACAACACACUGGCCCCUCCAAUCUCUGUCCAUUCCCCCAGUCUCUCUCCUGCCUCUCUGUUCCUCCAACUCCUCAUCUUGACUGUUCUCUCUACUGCUGACUUAACCCCCCACAGUGUGGGGGACCUGCAAAGAAACAUGGCACUCCCUAUUCCACAGUCAUCUUUGGACAAACUUUCCUCUAGUCUCUGGGUUGGGGGUGGGAGAGGGAAUGGGGUGGGAGUUGGGGGAAGUGCAGUCCUUGGAGAUGUACUGAUAUUCAUUUCCCAGCAUGCUCUAGAGAGGCGGCUCUGGUGCCCAUCCUCCCAGCAUGCUCUGUGGAGGCGGCUCUAGCUCUCGCCUUCCCAGCAUGCCCUUUACCACAAAGGGCUACUUUUCUUUUUUUCUUUUUAUUUAUUUAUUGUUUUGUUCGCUUCUUGUAGAAUUUAGAUGAAAUCAGUGUCUAUGAUUCUUUACGUUUUUAGUAGUCCUAAUGCACUCCUGUGAUAUGACUUCCCUUCCGAUAGGGCACUAUAGCCAGCCUCAGCACUCAGGAAGUGCAUGAGGGCCAUGCACAGCAGGGAAAGCUGAGUCACCUCCAGUUCUCCCACACAAACCUACACACACACACACACACACACACAGCAGCAGCAGCAACAGCAGCAACAACAACAACAACAACAACCUUUAGUCAGGAGUCAGAUUUCCAGAUUCCAAAACCUGCAAAUGAAUGCUGGAAUAGUAAGGAUUCUUAAAAUUUGAGUUCAUUCCUUUAGUUUCAGAAGACCAGUUUUCUGAUGCCUUGGAGCUAUAAUUACACAGAGCUAGUCUGUACUCAGUCAGUACAUUGAUCUACAUGGGCUGUGGCCAAUUGUCACCGUGUGAGUUUCAAAUGUCAACCCAAGAACCUCAGUCUUUGGAUACCAUGCUUAGACAUGUGCCUGCGCCUGAGAAGAAUCACACAGGCAAGGCCAAAUCCUGAUAACCCAGUUUUUUUGUUUAAAAACAUGCUAGGAAUUCACUCAACCCUCAAGAUCUUUGCUAAUUAGAAUUAUUUAUUGCCCAUUUGGCUGGGAACUGUCUCUGUUAUGAUGGAAAUUCAAGAUGAUCUAGGAGAAAUUUGUUUCCCUGAAGAGAACUGAUGAUUCUCAGACACUCCCGCUGAUGUUCCCUAGGUCAUGCUGAGGUCUAUUCUUUCUUGAGAAACAGUGUGUGGGCCUUCUGGCCUGGUCACAUCUCCCGCACAGCCCAGCAACUGCAGGCGCAGCCCAAGGAGACCCGCCUGACUCAGGAAUGGGUUCAGGAUAGAGAGAUUGUGAAGCCAUCAGGAGCAACUAAGCUAUUUCCAUCCACUUCUCCUUGAUUCCUUCCUUUCUGUCUGGCCCUGGAAAAACUUUUGAUAGAUUGUGUUCUGGUUGUUAAGCCCUCCCUCCUGUCCUUCUUAAGAAGCUAAAAGGAAAGUACUCUCAUGCUUUCUAUCUCUCAUCCAGUCUCUGGCUAUCGGGUUUCCAGUUGUCCUCGAGGAAUAGUCCCCAAGUAUUAUAUUUUUGUCCAAAUCUGUAUGAACUGUGGCCCAGGUAGAACCUGAAACCAGGGACAACAUUAUGGCCACUCAUUUCACCUUUUCAGCAUUUUUCAUUUGUCUCCAGGAAAAGGAAGUGAAUUCAACAGAAGAACAUGGUAGAGGAGCAUCCUAAAGGGUGUUGUGUCUCUUGGAUUAUAAAAAUAAUCUUCAGAGAAAGGAAGGAAAAUCCUAUUUUGGGGCCUCGGGGUUUGGCUAGGAAUCAUGGAAUAAUGAACUGGAAAAAAAAAAAAUCUUUGGAGCUCAGUUGCUCCAACAUUCGCCUUUAAAGGCGAGGGAGCAGAAAUCCAUGGAAUUAAAUUGCUGAUCCCAGGCCAUACAUCAAGUGCAGAGCUUGGUGAGAGGGUAUCGUUUCUCUGGAACAGAAAAAGACAGGAGCUGCAUUUUCUAGAGGAAAAAAAAGAUGUUUUUAGAGUUUAUGGACAAAGUUUAUGAGAUUCUGCAUGAGCAGACCUGAGAAAGACUAUAGAUUUCUUUUGUCCCUUUGGUCUACUCUUCCUCUGCUGGAUGUUGGUCAAGCCCCAUUUAGUCCACAGACCCCAGAGGACCUGAGCUGGCUCUGCACCAUCAGCGUGGGGAGGGAAGGAAUGUGGAAGCUAGGAGGGAGAGUGGGAUGAGGGAAGGAGAAGAACAGACUCAAGAGAAGUCGAUUUUUAGGAAUGAACGGGACAGAUUAUAUGUUGGUAUAUCACAGGGAUUGUGUUAAAAACAGCUUUCCUUUAAUGACAGGAAAGUGAAUUCCCUUUUAGGUGAAACUCCCAUUCCCCACUGUCCUCCAUUCUGCCUUUGCUGGAAGAAAGUCAGAGUACCUUUCAGAGUCAAGGGCAAGACAUGGACUGUGACCUGGACAUAGUGCCAGAAAAAUGGCUCAGAGUUUUAAGGUGUGCCCUAGGUGCCAACAGGAUAGCCUCUAGGCAUGACUUCCCUCUGGGGUCCUGCUGCUUUGGUCCAAGGCCAAACUGAGAGCGGCACAGCUGAGAGAGGGUGAGAAAACAUGAGCUGGAAUGAUCCUGUCAAGAGAAGUCUGGAACCUCAUUUCCUGCAACCAAUAGAAAAAGGUCUUUUCCAUUUUUCUGAAAGUGGCUGAUGUAAGAACAGCCAGAAGGAAAGCUCUUUGUGUUAGUGAUGCUCUCCUCCAGGAAUGGUCCUCAGGGUGCUCUGUGCUGCUAGCAGGUACCUCAGUCACACACACCCCAACCCUAGGUAGCCUCUCGGCCUUCUAACUUUCAUUUUCCUUGAAUGUCCGUGGGAUCAGGGAAGAAAGUCUCUUACUGAAGUGCCUGAAACUAGAGCUAGAGCUUCUUAAGACUCGGAUCUUCCUAUCUCGGCUUGGCUAGCGUUUCCCCAACAAGCUCUAGUCUCAAGCUCCAACUUCUCAGAAAGAAUUAAAGAACUUGCUGUUCAAAUUAAGCUGAAAGUAAGACUCAGUAGUCAAACUACAGCAAAAGGCAGAGAAUCACAGGGAGAAAUUUGUACUACCACCCCAGUGUACUCUCCCCAAACUGAUACACACGCACACACACACUUUUCGGGGACUAAGGAGAGAAGCAUAUUAUUAUGUAUAUUUUAUUCAUCAAAAGAGUGAUGCAAAACUAAAACCAUAGAGUAUGAAAAGCUCAGGAUCUCUCCCAAGGAUACAGUAGGGGAGUCAACAGGUGAGAUGGGAAGGAUGGAAACAGGGACUGAUUUUGUAGCUCAGAUACUUAGGACACCUUAGAAGUAGCAUCUUGGUGAUGAUGACCAUGCUCUGCCAAAUUCAUCCAGUCUGCACCUUCCUGUAGCUGCCCGGUAAACUCAACUCUUCAUGUGUAAUGUAAAGUUGAAGUGUCCUAUAAUCUGUUCCAGUUAGUUAGAAAUGAGUUACAGCUCUUUCCCUCCACCUUCAGUCGAGUCCCUGGGCCUAGAGCUCAACUUGAGCUUCUUGGCCCCUCGGGUUGGCAUAGGAAGGGGGAAACUUUUUUGGAAUCUUUUUUUUUUUUUGUCACAUAACCUGCCAUUUUAAGAGUAAAAUUUGUGUUAUGGAAAUCAAUUCAUGAAUAAAAACUACAUUCAAGUUGCAAUACCAUUUCACAGUGAAAUACUUUGAGUAAAAUUUUGUUGCUAGGAUAGUCAUGGACAAGAGUUUUAUCAGCAAAAUGUUUCAAUUAUGUUAAUAAAGAAGACAACGCUACUAGA